CCAAUAACACCGCGUGGCACUUGGAGGCACAAAAAAAACCCCAGGUUGGAUCGAGGAGGGGCCCCGUUCAUAGGAGGGGCCAGCGGGUCAGAUUUCCAGGGGAGUGCGACCCCUGACCCGCUGACGGACGUCCUGUCUUUGCUGAAACUGCGCGCAUCCGCUGCUCCACGUACGCAACAGCAGGCUGCGACCACUGGCGGAGGCCUCUCCACAUGAUUUAUAAAUCAUCUGCCCAGCUGUGGGGGACUGUCCUCCUACCUCAGCAUCCUUCCCAGCAGUAGGAAAAAAAAGGGAGAAGCUAAACAAGCAGAAGUUUUCCUCAGACUGGCGAAAAGAGGAGUCGACAUGGAUGAAAAUGAGCAGUUUGUGUGACUAAACGAAAAGACUGAUGAAAUUCUUCUCCGUACGCUGAAAGAAUGAUAACAUAGCUCGCACUUUGUGUUGUGCUGUGUGAGAGGACACGAAAACCUAAAGUGUGGGGAAGUUUGAAGCGGGGCUGGCUAUGGCGCGCCAGGGCGAAGACGCCGGGAUGGCCAAAGCUGCAAAAGUCAAAAGGCAAAGAAAGAAGAAAACCAAGGAGAACAAAACCAGGACUGUCCACGCAAACAUACUGUAUGAUCACGCCAAAGGAGAGGAAAACCCAAACCGACACUAUGCAAACAAUAAGAUUAAGACGACCAAGUACACUGUGCUGUCUUUCCUGCCAAAGAAUCUUUUUGAACAGUUUCAUAGGUUUGCCAAUGUUUACUUUGUGUUUAUCGCCUUGCUGAAUUUUGUUCCAGUUGUCAAUGCAUUUCAGCCAGAACUUGCUCUGGCUCCUGUAGUUUUCAUUUUAUCUGUCACUGCCAUCAAAGACUUAUGGGAGGACUACAGAAGACACAGGUCGGAUAAAGAAAUCAAUCACAUGGAUUGUCUGGUCUACAGCAGAGCUGAGAGACGUUAUGUGGAGAAGUACUGGAAGGAGGUGAGGGUGGGAGACUUCAUCAGGCUGCGAUGUAACGAGAUCCUUCCGGCCGACGUUCUUCUGCUGAGCUCCAGUGACCCGGACCGCCUGUGCCACAUUGAGACCGCCACACUGGACGGAGAGACCAACCUCAAGCAGAGGCAGGUCGUCCGCAGCUUCUUCGACCUGGAUUGUGAUUUUGACCCUUCGAAGUACAACAGCAUAAUUGAAUGUGAAAAGCCCAACAAUGACCUGAACAGAUUCAGAGGCUACAUAAUCCAUCGAAGUGGCAGAAGAGAUGCACUUUACAAAGAAAACCUGCUGCUGAGAGGCUGCACCAUCCGCAACACAGAGGAGGCUGUGGGAAUAGUCAUUUACGCAGGUCACGAGACCAAAGCCAUGCUGAACAACAACGGCCCGCGCUACAAGCGCAGUAAACUGGAGAGACAGAUGAAUGUAGAUGUGUUCUGGUGUGUCAUCAUCCUGCUGGUCAUGUGCCUGUUUGCUGCUGUUGGUCAUGGGCUGUGGAUGUUUCAGUACGGAGAUAAGAGGCCUGUGUUUGACGUUCUCAGUCCGGAGGGGACAGACUUAUCACCCAUCAUGUCAGCUAUUUAUCUCUUCCUCACUAUGAUCAUCGUCUUUCAGGUGCUGAUACCCAUCUCCCUCUUCGUGUCGAUUGAGAUUGUAAAGAUCUGCCAAGUGUACUUCAUCCAUCAGGACAUGGAUCUGUACGACGAGGAGACAGACUCUCACCUGCAGUGCAGAGCUCUUAAUAUCACUGAGGAUCUCGGCCAGAUGCAAUACAUCUUUUCUGACAAGACAGGCACGCUGACGGAGAACAAGAUGGUGUUUCGACGUUGCACUGUGGCAGGAGUGGAGUACUCCCAUGACGCCAAUGCUAGAAGACUUGCUAUGUACCAGGAGAUGGAUUCUGAGGAAGAAGAGUGUACGUCCCACGGCGGUACCCUGCCCAGACGGGACAGUGUGACCAGCCACCAGAGCGCCCGGGUGGUGCUGCGCUCCCAGAGCACAAAGUCCCACCGCAGGACAGGCAGCAGGGCGGAGGCAAAGCGAGCCAGCAUCCUGUCUAAACAUACGGCCUUUAGCAGCCCUAUGGAGAAAGAUAUCACCCCCGACCCUCAGCUCCUAGACAAAGUCAAUGAAUGCAGCAGUCAGAUGGACUUCAUGCGCUUCCACAGCCAGCCUAUGUCCCAGCUGCCCUCUGAUCUCUCUGACAUCAUUGAUUUCUUCAUCGCUUUAACCAUCUGCAACACGGUGGUUGUGUCCUCUCCAAACCAGCCCAGGCAAAAAGUCCGGAUGAGGUUUGAGCUGAAGUCCCCAGUCAAGACCAUCGAGGACUUCAUCAAACGCUUCACCCCCAGCCGUCUGACCUCUGGCUCCAACAGCAGCAGCUCCUCCAGCCUCAUCACCAACCGCUCUUCAAACAAGGGCUGCUCCAGCAUGCUGUCCUCCCCCUCGGCAGAGAGCACGCUCACCAAGCUGGACGAGGAGCGUUCUCCCAGAGGCCUGGAGCACGCCUUCAGCCCUGUGCCGCCCUGCUACGACGGGAGGGCCUGGGCCCUGGAGGAGGGCGAGCUGCGCUACGAGGCCGAGUCGCCUGACGAGGCAGCGCUGGUCUACGCUGCCCGGGCCUACAAGUGCUCCCUCGUCGGACGCCUCCCUGACCAGGUGACGGUGGAACUGCCCCACCUGGGGAAGUUGAGCUUUGAGCUGCUGCACACACUGGGCUUCGACUCCACCAGGAAACGCAUGUCUGUGGUGGUGAGACACCCUCUGACGGACCAGAUCACUGUCUAUACCAAAGGAGCAGACUCUGUCAUCAUGGACCUUAUCAAACCUCCUGACACAGGUAACUCCAAAGGGAAACGCCAGAAAAAGAUUGUCUACAGGACCCAGAACUACCUAAACCUGUACGCUGCAGAUGGCCUCCGCACACUGUGCAUUGCAAAAAAGAUUCUGAGCAAGGAGGAAUAUGCCUGCUGGUUGCAGCGUCACCUGGAGGCUGAGACGGCCAUCCAGGGGAGAGAGGAGCUGCUUUUUGAGUCAGCCCUGCGUCUGGAGACAAACCUCCAGCUUUUAGGAGCAACAGGCAUUGAGGACCGGCUGCAGGACGGCGUUCCUGAAACUAUAGCCUCCCUGCGGAAGGCCGGCCUGCAGAUAUGGGUGCUGACUGGCGACAAACAGGAAACUGCUGUCAAUAUCGCGUAUGCCUGCAAACUGCUGGAUCCCGAGGAGGAAAUCCUGACACUGAAUGCUGACUCUCAGGAGGCGUGUGCAUUGUUGCUGGAGGAGAGUUUACACUACAUCCAGGCCAAAUUCCUCUGCAGCUCUGCAGACCAGGCUGCCAAGACCUUCCACACUAACUUUGCGCCCUUCGAGAUCUAUCCCUCUUCAUCUCCGUCCUCAUCCUCCCACACUGCGCCCUUCAUGGUGCACCGGUUGGGUCUGGUAAUUGAUGGGCGGACCUUGGCCUAUGCCCUGGACAAGAGCUUGGAGGAUAAGUUUCUGGCUGUUGCCAGAAGCUGCCGCUCGGUGCUCUGCUGCCGCUCCACACCGCUGCAGAAGAGCAUGGUGGUCAAACUGGUGCGGAACAAGUUGAAGGUCAUGACGCUGGCAAUAGGUGAUGGAGCGAACGAUGUCAGUAUGAUCCAGGUCGCUGAUGUGGGCGUGGGGAUCUCUGGACAGGAGGGCAUGCAGGCGGUGAUGGCGAGCGACUUUGCUCUCCCACGUUUCCGGUAUCUCCAGAAGCUCCUGCUGGUCCACGGACACUGGUGCUACUCCCGCCUGGCUAACAUGAUUCUGUAUUUCUUCUACAAAAAUGCUAUGUUUGUAGCGCUCAUCUUCUGGUAUCAGUUCUACUGUGGAUUCUCAGGUUCAGCCAUGAUUGACCAGUGGUAUCUUAUCUUCUUCAACCUGAUGUUCUCCGCUUUCCCACAACUCAUCACUGGCACACUGGACAAAGACGUGUCAGCAGAGACUCUCCAACAACUACCUCAGCUCUAUGCAAAUGGCCAGAACUCUGAGGAAUAUAAGCCAUAUAUGUUUUGGAUGAACAUGAUUGAUGCCUUCUAUCAAAGUCUGAUCUGCUUCUUCAUUCCUUAUUUUGCCUAUGCUGACUCUGACGUGGAUCUGUUUACAUGGGGAACUCCCAUCACCACACUCGCCUUAUUCACCAUUCUGCUGCACUUGGGCAUUGAAACCAAAACCUGGACCUGGAUGAACUGGCUGUCUAUCGGCUUCAGUACAGCUUUAUUCUUCACUGUGGCUCUGUGCUACAACGCCUCAUGCCCCACCUGCUACUCCCCAUCUAACCCCUACUGGACCAUGCAGCGGCUGCUCCAGGACCCCCUCUUCUACCUGCUCUGUGUCAUCACACCUGUAGCAGCGCUGCUGCCCAGAUAUUUCUACAGGGCGUGUCAAGGCACGCUGUUUCCCAGCCCAGUCCAAGUUGGAAGGCAGUUGGAUAAACUCCCCUCUGAAACCCGCAGGAACAUCCUCAGUCUGAGCAGGGUCAAGGUGGGGUCACCGCUCAGCCCCAAACCUCCCUUCCUGUCCCUCACAAAGCCCACCCCCAAAAGCUGCAAUAAAAAAGACCAGAGGAGCUUCCCCAGCUCCAAGACAUCACAGGGGUCUGCCUUACAAACAGAUGAAAAGAGGGGCCAGAGAAGCCCCCUGGGGCCAACAGACAGUGAGAAGGGCCUCUCAGAUCUCUGCACAUUAGUUCCUACAGAAAUAGACACUCUCCCUUACACCAAAGACGCUCCUCCACUUUCAGGGGAGCAACAGCCUCCUCCCACCAAAGACUCUGGGAGUCUCGAUAAGACUUUAGAGCCGUCAGAUCUGAGUCUGUCCAGCUGGAUCACCUCCACGCCUCUGCUCACACAGACAGACAGCAUCGAGCUGAACCUGCCCCCUGACGGCGGCUCGCAGUGUGUCAAAUACACAAGAAACUCAGAGGAAAUACUCAAGUCUGACCACACUGCUCAUCCAGCACACAGGACGGAGCAGGUGGCAGAACAGUUGCUGCACACCACCCUGUGAUGUGUUCCAGUCUUAAAGUAUGUUAUACUACAAUUUGCACGAUAGUUUUUUAAAAUCUAAUUUUAUUGUAUUUUUCAAGGAGAUUCUUUUAUAAAAGAUACAUAUAGGUACUUUAUAUUAUGGAUGUAUAAAGCUAAAGUUAUUUUUGAGGUUUUGGAGAUGGAAGAACUGGAAAGUCUCCUGUCUGUUUGUUUUUUAUAAUCCUGGGAAACUUUUAUUUUCACAAAGAUGCAUCUCAGUACUUGAUCAGGUUUUUAAUGUAAGGAAGAGCAGAGUAGAGACAUUCCACUGCUGGGUUACAUGGGAGUAUGUUUUCUCUCUGAUAUGGUACCCUGCUCAUUCUUUCAGCUUUGCCUGUAAGUGACUUGUAUCAGAUGCCGCUGUGGCCUUAAAUCAGUGUUGGUUAUUCCUAAGAAGAGAUGUUUUAUAUAUGUUUUAAGUCCCCACGGAAACAUGUUUGAUUUUGUGUGUGAGGAUUUCCCAGUGGCAUUGGUUUAGUGCAUAUUUCAGUCUCUUUGCUGGAUUUGCAGGCAUUUCUUUCUUUCUUGAGGCUGUUUAUAGCUGUUCUGUAGUACAGUACAUUCCACUGAGUAAUUAUGAGGGCUGUUGACUUAUAUAUGAUGAUAUAAUCACGUGUUAGGAGCAUAUACCAAGAAAUUUCAAUUUUAUAGUCUUUAUACAGCAAGAAUCUACCAGAAAUUAUGCUCUUUUCAAGUGUGUGUGUAUGUGUAUGUAUGUGUGUGUAUGUAUGUGUGUGUGUGUGUGUGUGUGUGUGUGUGUGUGUGUGUGUGUGUGUGUGUGUGUGAAUUGACUCAUUGGAUCAGUUUUAACAGUGCUAGCCAUUUUCAUAUUAAAGAACAGUCAGAAAUUUUGGGAAAUAUGCUUAUUUGUUGUCUUGGUGAGAGUUAGAUAAGAAGAUUGAUACCAUUUUCAUGUUUUUCCAUUCAGUAUUAAGCUAGAGCCAACAGACAGUUAGCUUAGCGUAAUGACUAGAAACAUGAGGAAACAGCUGCUUGGCUCAGUGCCAGCACCUCUAAAGCUCACUAACAAAAAUGUUAUAUCUUGAUUUUUCAUACUAAGUCUUAGUGUGAAUAGGCGAUGUUGUAGUUUUAUGGGGAGUUACACUGUUUCUUGGCCGGGUGCAGUGACUUCCUGGAGACUCCACUGGUUGCAACCUCACAGUAUUGACAAGACUCCAGGAAGUCACUGCA